AUGAGUGAUGAAUCAACUGAGGUAGCUAAGGUGGCUGAAUCCAAGUUAAUGGAUUCCAGUCACCUCUAUUAUCUUCAUUCAUCAAAUUUCCCUGGUAUGAAUCUGGUGAAUUCCACCUUUGAUGGCAAAGGGUAUGGAGGUUGGCGUAGGUCAGUUCUCAUUGCUUUAUCAGCCAAAAAUAAAAUAGGUUUUAUAGAUGGCACAUGUAAAGAACCUGCUAUUGAUUCCACAGAUCACAAAUUGUGGAGCAGGUGUAAUGACAUGGUGUUGUUUUGGCUCUUAAAUUCACUUUCAAAAGAAAUUUCUGAUAGUGUCAUAUACUCAAAAACUGCUAAAGCUUUAUGGACAGACCUUGAGGAAAGGUUUGGUCAAUCAAAUGGGGCUAAGUUAUACCAUCUCCAAAAGGAACUAAGUGAUUUAGUUCAGGGAUCUAAUGAUAUAGCAACAUAUUUUACCAAGUUGAAGAAACUUUGGGAUGAACUGGACACUCUUAAUGCUGACAUAAACUGUGGGUGUAAUUGUAGUUGUGGAGGAAAGGACAAACUGACCAAAUCUAUACAAGAUGAGAGACUUAUGCAUUUUUUGAUGGGUUUGAUAGGUUAG